AUUCAAGCACGGUCACACUGAGCACGUGGAGCAGACAAAGCAGCUGGAUUGAGAAAUUAUUGGAAACAACGCAGUAGAAGCACAACAAAUUGCACCAUGGAGGCAGAGAACAUCAGGGCAGACGCAUUCGAGCCGGCGAAGAGGGCCACUAAGCGCGGAGCCAGCGGAGGCGGGCAGCAGGACGUGGAGAUGCAGGUGGACGAGGCGACCGGCAUUGAGGGCCAGGUGCUGGGAUCUGCGCGAGCAUCGGCGCCGCCCAAGGCGAAGCGGGCCAGGAGCGAGCUGCGCAAGGUGUCCGUGCCGCCACACAGGUACGCCUCGCUCAAGACUCACUGGAUGCAGAUCUUUACGCCCGUGGUGGAGCACAUGAAGUUGCAAAUCCGCUUCAACAUGAAGGCGCGCCAGGUGGAGCUGCGUGUGGGCCCCGAGACGCCGGACAUAGCCAACCUGCAGCGCGGCGCCGACUUCGUGCGCGCCUUCCUCUGCGGCUUCGAAGUGGACGACGCCCUGGCUCUGCUGCGUCUGGAGGAUCUGUUCGUCGAGUCGUUCGAAAUCAAGGACGUGAAGACGCUGCGCGGCGACCAUCAGUCGCGCGCCAUCGGCCGCCUCGCCGGCAAGGGUGGCCGCACCAAGUUCACCAUCGAGAACGUGACCAAGACCCGCAUCGUGCUAGCCGACAGCAAGAUCCACAUCCUGGGCAGCUACCAGAACAUUCAGCUGGCGCGCCGAGCCGUCUGCAACCUGAUCCUCGGCUCGCCGCCCAGCAAGGUGUACAGCAACCUGCGGUCAGUCGCCUCGCGCCUCUCGGAGCGCAUGUGAUUGGGAGAGCGGACAGGAGUGGACUGGACUGGACUGGAGUGGAGUUUGAGAGGGAGUAGUUGCGGUUUUUUUUUAGCAUUAGCAAUAAAUAAUAAAUAUAAUAACAUGUA